UACUACGAUUAGUUGCUAUAUAGAAGUUGAAAUGAAAUUUACUGCUUUGAUUUGUCUGCUCUGCGUGCUGUUCGGCAUGAGCCUGGCGCUUAAGGAUGAGCUAUGUGGCCAGCAACCUGCUGCUGAUGGCAAUGGAGUGCUGAAGUGUGCUGCUGCUUUUCCCAGCUGGAGCUAUCAUGUCUCUGAUAAUAGUUGCAAGGAAUUUUUAUAUGGCGGCUGCGGUGGCAAUGACAAUCGCUUUGGCAAUUUGGCCGAUUGUGAGACCAAGUGCAAGGAAUAAAAAUAUUUAAAUAUAAAAAAUGUUUUAAUAUAUUUCAAUGCUGUAGUUUGGCAUUCAAAUGCUUAUCAAUGCUGCAAUAUUUCACGCAUUAAAUUUAUAAAUAGCAACACGUGUGCAACUAAUAAACAAAGAAAUUGUUAUAUAAUAA